CCCUUGCUACUGCGAAUGGAUUUUAGUUUUUGCCCAAAUUUCUCUCCAGAUUUAGAGCUGAGUGUCUUUCACCUCAUUUGGUUCAGUCGGAAUUCAAUAACCAACUCACUUAGUAUUUAUGUUAAGUCUAAUACCGGGAAUACUGUUUCGGUGGAUUUGGACCCGAAGUGGGAUAUCAAGAAUGUCAAAGAAGUUGUUGCGCCUCGCCUUGGACUGGAACCAGAGGAAGUGAAGAUAAUUUUUGCAGGCAAAGAGUUGCCAGACUCUGUCCUUCUGGAGGAGUGCGAUUUGGGCCAGCAAAGUAUCCUUCAUGCUGUUAAAUCACGGAAGAAACUUGUUUCAGAAUCCAAACCACUAUGUGAAACCCUGCUCGAUUUUAGUCUAAGUGAAAUCAGCGAAAGAGCAGAAGAAGAAGAGACCACUCUUGAUGAUGAUGAAAAAAUCAUCCCGGAGAAAGCCCAUUUUUAUGUCUAUUGUGCUUCUCCAUGCAAGGGCAUGCGGACAGGCAAAUUGCGGGUUAGAUGUGCCAACUGUAAGAGUGGUGCCAUAACUGUCGAUCGUGACCCUCAGAGCUGGGCUGAUGUCCUGGAGUCCGAAAGAAUCUCGGGUCAUUGUGAGGAAGAGACAUGUUCAAGUGGACCAAUCAGUUGGGUGGAGUUUUAUUUCAAAUGUGCCGAGCAUACUAGUCAAGGUGAAAUGGAUCAAGCUGUACCCCUGUACCUCAUUCGCCCCAACUCACAACAUGUUCCUUGCCUGGCUUGUGGAGAUGUCAGUGACCCAGUUCUUGUGUUUAGCUGUUCUGUUGGACAUGUUACAUGCCUAGAAUGCUUCAACUUGUAUUGUGUUUCCCGUUUAAGGGAGCGACAAUUCACUAUGGAUGAGACUCAUGGCUAUACAUUACCCUGCCCUGCUGGCUGUGAGGAUUCACUUAUCAAAGAAAUUCAUCAUUUUCACUUGUUAAAUGAUGAGCAUUAUGCAAUGUAUCAAAGGUUUGGAAUGGAGGAGUACGUCUUAAAGAAUGGUGGUGUACUUUGUCCGCAGCCAGGUUGCGGUGCUGGGAUUUUAGUCGAACCUGAUUGUACCAGAAUCACCUGUGCAGGAGGCUGUGGUUAUGUGUUCUGCCGCAAUUGCUUACAAGGUUAUCACAUCGGAGAGUGUGAGACUGUGGAAGAGAUAGAAAAAACAGGCACCUCAUCGUAUGCUGUUAAUCCCGAAUGUGUUUCUCAGGCAAGAUGGGAUGAAGCAAGUAAGGUUGCAAUCAAAGUUACUACAAAACCGUGUCCAAAAUGCAGAACUGCAACAGAGCGCGAUGGAGGUUGUAUGCACAUGCUGUGCACUCGUUGUGCCUUUCAGUGGUGUUGGGUGUGUCAGAUUGAGUGGAACAGAGACUGCAUGGGUCGUCACUGGUUUGGAUAGCCUUUGGUCUAAUUUCAAAGUUCUCUAAGCUGUACUCUCUACUCUCCAGGAAAAAAGUGAAUUGAAUGUAGAAAUAUGUUUCUGAGGUAGAUUGCUGGUCUCUACCUUAAGAAGAGCAGGAUGAUGUGCUACUUGCCAACCAAAUUACUCCACUUAUUUUGCAACAACAAUUCAUCGUCAAAAAAAAACUUAGCCCAAUUUCAUGUUUGUAGGUAUGUAUUAAGUACUCACAGUGUUUUUAGGAGCUCUUUAGAAUAUUGAAAUGUAAAGAUGAGUCAAAUUUUUCAAUAACUUAUUGUUUCAGAGGAAACAUAACUUGAAGCACAUCUUGACUUGCUAACCAGCACAACCUACCGUUGAACUGCUGGCUAAAGUCUGGAACAACCUAACUUGGCCGGAAUAUUUUUAAUUUCUCCUCUUAUUUUAACUUUUGAGGGAAAAGAAGCCAACCUCACUGGUUUAUUGCUAGUAAUGUAUGAAAAAUGUUCUUCAAAGAGAAGAAAAUUUACCAAAAAUUGCAAGAAAUAAUGUUGAGUAAAUUAACUAACUGUAUUAGAAAAAAGUGAAUUAUGGUGGGAAAUCUGCAACAAAGCAAACCAAGACAUGUUGUCUCCAAGCUUAGCAGCCUUUCAUACACUCUUUCAAAUUACCUUUUCUGUGGUAUCAUGAAGUAUAGACACUGUAUCUUUUUAUCAAAAAUUGAAAACUAGUCAUGUAAUAGUACAAAAAAAUGAUAAUGACAUUUUAUGGACAAGAAUUCUCUCUACAAAAUUGCUCAGUAAUAUUGUCAGCAUAAAAAUCUAGACCUACUCGAAUAUAAUCAAAUCUCAGACUCUUUUGAUUUAAAAUGCACAUUAUUUUCCAAAAACACAAAUCAAUUUUGCCUUGACUAUUAUGAUGGUAAGGGAAAUUACAAAAUAUGGUCUGAUUUUGACACAGUCAGAGCUGGAUUCAUCAUUCAGACAUAUAAGGCACACCACAAAGGGUUUUUUCUUUUUUCUCCAUCAUAUAUUCGAUCGGUCAAACUUCACUACUAAAUCUUAUUUAUUCUAAAGCAGACGCUAACUGUCAAAGAUACAUUUUUUGCUCUUUUUUGCAACAUCUUUGCAGUAUUUUAAUACAGUCUUUAUUUAAGUUUCCAUGCCGAUUUUGUGAAUUUUUUGUUUCAUUUUAAUUUUGCACUUCCCUCUCAUCUCUAGCAAUAAAGAUCCUUCUUCUCCAAAAUCUAAUAAUCGCAUUAAGUGCCACUAGCUUAAAGCUGAGUUUUAUUUAGGUUAAAUUUUUUACAAGGUUUGCCAGACAGUCACCCAAACCCCUAAGGGGAGUAAGUAGUAAGUAUGUAGGUAUGCAUGUCAAGUACUUAGGCACUGGGGGAUACAACCAUCAAUUUCCCUCCCCCAAUCUUUCUGCAAGUAGACUAUUUUCCUCCAGACUCCUUGCUGGAGAAGAAUUUACCCUAGACUUUCACCAAGGAAGGUGAUGAUUCAGAGGAGUAUACCGUAUGCACCCUGGACUUUGCCCAGGAACUCAAAAUUCAGAAAUCCGGCUCUGAUAGUACAUAAUUUAAAUAACAAAAAAAAAACAAACAAACAAACAAACAAACAGUAAAACCUUAAUUUACAGGAUUUUCAGAAGGUCAGCAAAUAAGUCCACUAAAUUAUAGGAUUCUCAGUCUCAAGAUAGAAUAAAUUGAGGUAUCAUUGUAAUGUUUAAAUCAUAUUAUUGUUUCUAUCAUCUUAAGCUAUUUAUUUCUCUAAUCAUUGUCUCUAUUUUUUUUAAGUUUUACACAGCUCAAGUAUAAAAGUUUAUCAUCGCCGUAAGAUUUUCAGAGACUUGCAGAUACUGCAAGAUGGUUACAAUAGACACUACAUUGUUUUAGUGUCUCUCAUUGUGUCUAAGAAUUUUCCUUGGGUGAUUAUUUCAAAAGUCAUUUUUGUUUUUUGUUUCUAUUACGCUUUAAAUUUACUGUGUCAACUAAUGUUUAUUGACAAAAAGAAAUUAUCGUUUUAUUGAAUAAGCAACUGAAGUGAUUCUAGUUUUCUCUAUUGCCUAGGUAUUUAUUUCCAAGAUGGAUCAUGUAUUUUUCACUUAAAUUUUUAGGCUGUUUUAGUCAAAUUUAAUCUUGUUCCUCCUGCUGUCAUGAGAUUCAAAAUCCUGAAACCUGCAGAUCUUGUUUUAUUUUGCUAGAUGCAGUUAGUUUAAAUGCAUCAUGUCUGUUAACCUUGAAAGGAUGAAUUUUCGCAUCACCAAUGUUGCGGCCAACUUAUUGCACCGUAGCAGUUUUUUCCCCCUUUUUUUUCCCCUGGACAAAAGUCAUCUGCAAUUUUUAAGAAACCGUCUUUAAUGUAAAAAUAGGUAAAUAUGCAUUAACUCUGUAGGGAGAAAAAGUCAUUUUUGAGUUUUUUUUUUCACGAUUUUCUUGAAGGACUAAUCAGUAGUGGCUCACCUGCAGUUUUACCUAAGAACUUCUUUAGUAUGUAUCUCACUAUUUUGAAUCAUGAAGUGGUGUGAACAAGGGUUUUUCUCACUGUGAUGUAUGGACUGAUAUAUCUUUAGUUUUAAUUUUCUUGCGUUAUAUAAAUAGUUCUUUUCUCCUUCUAUUAUAAGUACAUUUUCAUGUUUUGUAGGGCUGUGCGGAUGGUUUGAAAUAUCGAAUAACCAACAGAAAUUCGGGGCGAAUUACCCACCCGACUGACUUAGCGCAAUAACCAACAUUUAUGAAUAUUCAGGUUGUUAGGAACAGUGGAAUUAUAAGUACGGAAACGUUGUAAGGCUUAUAUAGCUACAUUUACGCGCAUUCACCUGUGCCUAAUGGUGAGGUUGCCAUAACCUAUUUGCUGUAAUUCUUUCUGAAACAACCUGAACGGGGUGCGUUGUUAACCAAAAUUAUUAGCUAUUCGCUUCGUUUUCAAAAUUCACUAAUUGUACAGUCCUAAUGUUUUGUAAUGAACUGAUCAUCCUCAGCAAGGGAUUGAGAACUGAACCUCUGAAUUUGUUGGAAACAAGCAAUUCUGACCCAGCAUUGAAGUAGAAACCUGGUAAAAUUGCUCCUUACAUUUGUAAAUUUAUUUAGAUGAGCGCAAAAAGUCUGAGGGUACUGAGUCGUCAAAGUCUUUAUGUAUUUUUGUUUCACAGAAUUCAGUUGAGCUUUGGAAGAUGAAGCAUUUACCUUUAAACAUACAAGACCAUACUCAAAGGGAGAGUGUCAUUCAGAGCGUACUUGAAGGCUUAAUAGUGACGGAAUGUCACACAGGCUUCAUUCCUUUCAGAAUCAGAAUAUCUGCUCAUUAACACUAUUUCUUUCUUCUAAGCAUGAUAAAACUCACUGUUUUCCCAUAGAAAUGUUUACUUUUUAACCCUCUCUUUUUCAAGUGUUUGUUGGGUACCUAGCAUUUAGCAUCAGUGCAUGUAUAAAUACGUUCCUCAAAGUCAAAGAAUUAAAAUAAUUUCUCUACGAAUCUAUAAAUGUCUUAGUUUGCUCAGUACUCAGUUCCCUCAUAGAUGAUGAUCAAGAAUUUUACCGGUUAGUUCUCAACAGUGUUUUUUCUUUAAAUUCGAAUCACUAAUUAUUAUGCCUUAUACAGCCUCCCUGUGUUCUUUGCGUGAUUUUUUUUAAUUAUUCUUGAUAAUAAAAUUGGUAAUUGAGAUAA